GUGCUGGUGUCUGCAGUCGAUCACCAGACACAACACAGUCAUGAACACCAAGGUAGUCCUUCUGCUGGGUGCGGUGGCGCUGGCUGCUGCUGACAGUUUUCCUUCAUACUCCUACAGGGGCCCUCACGGUUCCUCUGAAGAGUCUUUUGAGUCUUUUGAGUCUUAUGAGUCUAGUGAGGCUCAAUACAACUUCAACUACGCCGUGAAGCACGACCCCUCCGGCAACGACUUCGGUCACCAGGAGACCCGCGACGGUGACAACACCCAGGGGUCGUACUACGUGCAGCUUCCCGACGGCCGUCUGCAGACUGUGACUUACUUCGUAGACGGUGACUCAGGCUACAUCGCUGAUGUCAAGUACGACGGAGAGGCUCGCUACCCCGACUCAUACGAGUCCUUUGAGUCGUUCGAGUCCCGGGAGGCUCCCCGCUACGCCCCUCCCAGGAGAGUCUAUGGUUGAGUUUUGUGUCUCCUGGUGUACACAACGGCAGGCACUGCCUAUAUAACACUAAUAUAUAAUAUAUCUAUCAAAAUGUUAUUGAUGGUUUUCAUGAAGGUUAAUAAAAUUAUUUUAUUA